AUGGCUGCCAGCACACGAAAUGCCCAAACGGCCCUAAGGGCCCUACGUACCUCUACCCGGCGGUCGUCGUCCUUCGCCUACCGAACCUACGCGUCCGCAGCCGAGCCUGAUCUCAAGACUACGCUCCAAUCUGUGAUCCCUGAGAAGCGAGAAUUGCUGAAGGAAGUCAAGAGCCAUGCCGACAAGAAGAUUGGAGAGAUCACCGUCGGGCAGGUUAUUGGCGGUAUGAGAACCAUGAAGUCCAUGGUGUGGGAAGGCAGUGUCUUGGAUGCAAACGAAGGAAUUCGCUUUCAUGGCCGAACAAUCGCCGACUGCCAGAAAGAGCUCCCCAAGGGUACUUCUGGCACCGAGAUGCUUCCUGAGGCCAUGUUCUGGCUCCUCCUGACCGGAAAAGUCCCGUCGACAUCUCAAGUUCGGGCGCUGUCGCGCGAGCUGGCCGAAAAGGCGGAACUCCCGGCCCAUAUCGUCAACCUGCUCAGGUCGUUUGACAAGAACGUCCAUCCAAUGACGCAGCUGUCAGUUGCUGUGGCUGCAUUGAACACUGAGUCUCUGUUCGCAAAGAAGUACGCCGAUGGGCUGAGCAAGACCGAGUACUGGGAGCCCACCUUCGACGACAGCAUCAACCUUCUCGCCAAGCUGCCUCGCGUCGCUGCGGCCAUUUUCGACAAGGCUGCUCUGGAUAUCCCUGUUGACAAGGACCAAGAUUGGGCUUACAACUUUGCCAAACUUCUUGGCAAGCCGGGCAAGGAAAACGAAGGCUUCCAGGAUCUGCUCCGUCUGUACUUGGCCCUUCACGGGGACCAUGAAGGCGGCAACGUCUCCGCCCACGCGACUCACCUGGUGGGGUCUGCUCUCUCAGACCCGUACCUGUCAUACGCCGCGGGUCUGCUUGGUUUGGCAGGGCCCCUGCACGGCCUUGCCGCGCAAGAAGUCCUUCGUUGGAUCUUGAAGAUGCAAUCUCAGAUCGGCGAGAACUUCUCCGACCAAGACGUAAAGGAUUAUCUCUGGGCGACUCUUCGCUCCGGACAGGUUGUCCCUGGCUAUGGCCACGGCGUACUCCGAAAGCCGGAUCCUCGUUUCAAGGCAUUGAUUGACUUUGGUGAUUCCCACGCGGACAUCGCCAAAAACCCGGUGUACCGCCUGGUCAAGAAGAACAGCGAAAUUGCCCCAGGUGUCUUGACCGAACAUGGCAAGACCAAGAACCCUCACCCCAACGUCGACAGCGCCUCCGGAGUUCUCUUCCACCAUUACGGCUUCCAGGAUCCUCUGUACUACACCGUCACUUUCGGCGUCAGCAGAGGCCUGGGCCCAUUGGCUCAGCUCAUCUGGGACCGUGCUCUUGGUCUGCCAAUUGAGCGACCAAAGAGCAUCAACCUCGACGGCCUGUUGAAACUGGUGUAA